AUGAAGCUGAACUAUCGUCGAGUCGCUGGAAUCCGGGGAAGCUUCUGGGGUAUCGACAAUGAAAAGGGACGUGACCUGAGCGCUCUUCUGAUUGGCCCGUGGAAAGUCAGUUUACCUGUGUUCACCAAUGUGGGUCCGGUUCUCGAACGCUUGUUGGCUCUCACUUUGUCCAUCUGCAAGAUCAGAGAGGGCGGGCGGACCCGCUCAAUCUGGACAACGCUCCAGGACCUUGGGCCGCACGCAGCCAAGCUCACUCCUGAGUAUUUAGCUGAAAGCCCAGGCGCCACACAACGCGCAAUACGAUCCUCCCAGGCACGCCAGAUUAGAGUAACGGAUCCUCCGUGGACUAUGCCCAACGCCGGCCGUCGUACGGUUUUCAGGCUACUGCUCCGAUGCGAGUCCCAACAGUUAGGUUCCUGGGUCCACGGCGCGUCCCAACAACGGCGUGGCCGCAGGACGCCUACCGAGUCUCCGGGCCUUUGA